AUGUCUUCUGAUUCAAAUAAGUUACCCCAGGCUACCGUUGAGUGUUCUACUGAAGACGAUGAUAAUGCUAACGAACACGGUGAAAUGGGUGCGAUGGUCGAUAGAUUGCGAAGUAGUCUUGAAGGUGUGCAAAAUUCUUUUAGCACUAUAUAUUCUGCCUUGGCAAUAAAUUUAAGACAAUCAUUUGAAAUGGUACAAGCGAUGAACUCGAUGAUGGAGCAGCUCCUAUUGUCCAAUAUUCGUAUUAAAAUAGAUAUACAAGAAGAUUCCAUUCCUUGUCUUUUAACUAUAAUCAUAUCCAAUACGUGCCAAUUUCCUGCACAAAAAGCAUCUUGUAAUCUGAUGUUUCAGAAGAAGGGUGAAGACGAGGAAGCAAUUGUUAAAAUUGAAUGCAUAGACUCUAUAGUUCAAGGAAGCAAGAAUUCCAACAACUCUAAUUCAAGGUUAAAAUCUUCAUCCCCCUUGUCGAUAUUUGUGCAAAAAUCGUGUGUUGGAUCAUCAACUUCCGAUGCCUUGUUUACAUUACCACCACAAACACAAAUAAUUGAAAAAUUAAAGUUAAUUCCGUCUGAACUUGCUCAAUAUAAUGGUAAGAUUUCCUUGGAGUUUCCGAGUCCUGGAACCGGCAAACCUCUACAAAAAGAACAUUCCUUUGAUUUAUGUCUAACUAAAUGA